UUCCUGGGAUAGACAGGUAGUGACACUCUUGUAAAAUGCCGGAACCAGCUAAAUCCGCUCCUGCUCCUAAGAAGGGCUCCAAGAAAGCCGUCACCAAGACGCAGAAGAAGGGAGAUAAGAAGCGUAGAAAGACAAGAAAGGAGAGCUACUCGAUUUACGUGUACAAGGUGUUGAAGCAGGUGCACCCCGACACGGGCAUCUCGUCGAAGGCCAUGGGCAUCAUGAACUCCUUCGUCAACGACAUCUUCGAGCGCAUCGCCGGGGAGGCCUCUCGCCUGGCGCACUACAACAAGCGCUCUACUAUCACCUCGCGGGAGAUCCAGACGGCAGUGCGGCUGCUGCUGCCCGGCGAGCUGGCCAAGCACGCAGUCUCCGAGGGCACCAAGGCUGUCACCAAGUACACCAGCUCCAAGUAGAGCGUCUGGGAUCGUCCGUUUUUAACCCAAAGGCUCUUUUAAGAGCCACCCACAUAUUCAGUAAAAGAGUCGUUAAC